GCUCUAAGCCGCAGCAAGAGAAACUGUGUGAGGGGAAGAGGCCUGUUUCGCUCCCGGGUCUCUAGUUCUUGCACGCUCUUUAAGAGUCUGCAUUAGAGGAACUCUGCCAUUACCAGCUCCCUUCUUGCAGAAGGGAGGGGGAAACAUACAUUUAUUCAUGCCAGUCUGUUGCACGAAGGCUUUUUGGCUUCCUACCUUGCAACAAAAUAAUUGCACAAACUCCUUAGUGCCGAUUCCGCCCACAGAGAGUCCUGGAGCCAGAGUCUUUUUUGCUUUGCAUUGUAGGAAAGGGACUAAGUGAUAGAGACUAUGUUGCUUUCCUGAGCUCCUGAGAGCGCUCGUGAACUGGAACCAACUGCUUCAGGGGAAGGAAAAAAAAAAAAAAAAAAAAAAGACUUGCCUGGGAGGCGGCGAGAAACUUGCAUUGGAAGCUUCAGCAACCAGCAUUCAAGAAACUCCUCUCCACUUUAUAACACGGUCUGCAGACUCAGAGCCGAGAGACAGAGCAAACUGCGGCGCGGUGAGAGAGAGAGCGAGAAAAAGCGAGAGCGAGAAGCAGAGGGAGGGAGAGACUCUCCAGCCUGGGAACUAUAACUCCUCUGCAAGAGGCAGAGUACUCCUUCCCCGCAUCUUUUGGAGACUUUUCUCUCUGCGCCCACCACCGCCCCGGCCAGGAGUGGAGGGGCCCGCACGGCCGCCGCGCGCGUCCUCCCGCUCGGCGUGUGCUUGGCCCGGGGAGCCGGGAGGGCCCGGCGAUCGCGCCGCGGCCGCCGCGAGGGUGUGAGCGCGCGUGGGCGCCCGCCGAGCCGGGGCCAUGGUGCAGCAAACCAACAACGCCGAGAACACGGAAGCGCUGCUGGCCGGCGAGAGCUCGGACUCGGGCGCCGGCCUCGAGCUGGGCAUCGCCUCCUCCCCCACGCCCGGCUCCACCGCCUCCACGGGCGGCAAGGCCGACGACCCGAGCUGGUGCAAGACGCCGAGCGGGCACAUCAAGCGGCCCAUGAACGCCUUCAUGGUGUGGUCGCAGAUCGAGCGGCGCAAGAUCAUGGAGCAGUCGCCCGACAUGCACAACGCCGAGAUCUCCAAGCGGCUGGGCAAACGCUGGAAACUGCUCAAAGACAGCGACAAGAUCCCUUUCAUUCGGGAGGCGGAGCGGCUGCGCCUCAAGCACAUGGCUGACUACCCCGACUACAAGUACCGGCCCAGGAAGAAGGUGAAGUCCGGCAACGCCAACUCCGGCUCCUCGGCCGCCGCCUCCUCCAAGCCGGGGGAGAAGGGAGACAAGGUCGGUGGCGGGGGCGGCCAUGGGGGCGGCGGCGGUGGCGGGAGCGGCAACGCGGGGGGAGGAGGCGGCGGCGCGAGCGGCGGCGGCGCCAACUCCAAACCCGCGCAGAAAAAGAGCUGCGGCUCCAAAGUGGCGGGCGGCGCGGGCGGCGGGGUCAGCAAACCGCACGCCAAGCUCAUCCUGGCGGGCGGCGGCGGGAAGGCGGCGGCCGCGGGCGCCUCCUCCUCCUUCGCGGCCGAGCAGGCGGGGGCCGCGGCCCUGCUGCCCCUGGGCGCCGCCGCCGCCGACCACCACUCGCUGUACAAGGCGCGGACUCCCAGCGCGGCGGCCUCGGCCUCCACGGCCGCCUCCGCCUCGGCCGGCCUCGCGGCCCCGGGCAAGCACCUGGCCGACAAGAAGGUGAAGCGCGUUUACCUGUUCGGCGGCCUGGGCGCCUCCUCUUCGCCCGUGGGCGGCGUGGGCGCGGGCGCCGACCCCAGCGACCCCCUGGGCCUGUACGAGGAGGGGGGCGCGGGCUGUUCGCCCGACGGGCCGAGCCUGAGCGGCCGCAGCAGCGCCGCAUCGUCGCCGGCCGCCGGCCGCUCGCCAGCGGACCACCGCAGCUACGCCAGCCUGCGCGCCGCCUCGCCCGCGCCGUCCAGCGCGCCCUCGCACGCGUCCUCGUCGGCCUCGUCCCACUCGUCCUCGUCCUCGUCGUCGGGCUCCUCGUCCUCCGACGACGAGUUCGAAGACGACCUGCUCGACCUGAACCCCAGCUCAAACUUUGAGAGCAUGUCCCUGGGCAGUUUCAGCUCGUCGUCGGCGCUGGACCGGGACCUGGAUUUUAACUUCGAGCCCGGCUCCGGCUCGCACUUCGAGUUCCCGGACUACUGCACGCCCGAGGUGAGCGAGAUGAUCUCGGGAGACUGGCUCGAGUCCAGCAUCUCCAACCUGGUCUUCACCUACUGACGGGCGCGCGCGCGGGCUGGGAGGAGAAGGCCGGGGGGCAUGGGGGGGGAAGGAAGAAGAGGGAGAAGUGGACAGAGAAAGAGUUGGAAGAGAAAAGGGAAAAAAGAAAAAAAAAAGGAAUAGAAAAAAAAAUUGAGCGGGGCCGGCUUCGGCCGCGUCGCGGUCGCCGGAGAGAGAGGAACGCGGGGGGCGUUUUGGGGACCCGCGCUCCCAUCCCCCACCUCCCCGACCGCAGGGACGCGGAGGAGGCGGCGGGGAGAGGAGGGGGCGACCUUUUAUUGUUGUUCUUGAUGUUGUUGAUGGCAAAAAAAGCUACUUGGAGUUUCCUCCCCUUUGCCCGAAGAGACCCCCCCCACUUCCAGCGAGCUUCCGGACUUGUCUGCUGCACCCCCAGCAAGAAGCCGACUUGGUAGUUUUUCUAGAGACUGAAGGAAUCUCGUCCCUUUUUUCAUCGCCCCCUUGCUGUUUUUGUUUUAUUUUAUCUCAUUUCUUGGUCAAGAGAGGAGGGAAAAA